AUGGUCAAGCUACGAGGGAUUGAGAUUUGUAUCAUAUCACAGUUCGACAUCUGCAAGCUACCAGAGUUUCAGUACCGCAAGCCUUCUUCUCGACCGAAGGAUCCUUUCCAACUCAACUACCAGCACGAGAAUCCGCCCUCCUCGCCUUAUCCGCAUGUUGCUUGCUUCGUCCCAAUCUAUCCCGGCAGCCAGAUUUGGUUCGAAUACACCGUCGACGGCCCACAUCCUCCGGAAGCCGCCUGGUUCUUCAAACUCCUCAUCAACGGCAAGGUCGUCACAUCGUGGGAUUGCACGGUAAAGCAUGGUUUCCAUGGCAAAAUGAUGUACAACCUGGUUAGCGAAGGCUUGGAUCCAGACAGUGGUCGCGCCGUGGUCAAGACACAGGCACUGAGAUUUGGAGAUGGACUGGAAGACGGCGAAAGAGGUGGGCACGACGAGGAUAUGGUCCAGAUCAACGUGCAUCGUAUCGAACAUAGGAAGCGACUUCGAGACCUUGAGCCAGGCCUGGGGGAGACUGGCAGUGUCAGUGAUAAGGCUGAAGGGCUGCGGUGGACCAACAGUGGUUAUCUUGAGCCAUGUAUUCGUCCUCGACGAUACAAGUAUCAACUCCUUGACCCGGUUGAUUUGCCUUACGCGGCAUUUCAAUUCCAUUUUCGCCCUUAUGAAUAUCUCGAGGAGCACGGCAUUGUCCAGUUGCAAGUUUGCCCUUCCACAUGCAGCACUAGAUCCUCAAUCAUAUCGGAAGGUUCAGGAAAUGUUCAGCUGGUGAACGAAUCCGCGUACGACACUGCACACGAACAUUGGGAUGAUGGCUCACCGCUUGGAAUUUCUCCUCGUCAAUCUUCCACAUUGACAUCACCCACCAAAGUCGGACAGAUUACCUCGAUAACAGAAAGACCGACAUCGAAAAAGACCAAGUCUUCCGCAAGCUCCAUCAAUAUCCCGCUCAGCGACUCCGAUGGUUCGCUUAGUGUCAGAACCAAAGAUAGUAUCGAGGACUUAUCAUCAAGGGUUCCAAGGUCUCCAAGGUCUCCCAGAUCGCCCAGCCGGCGCGAGAAAAGCACAGAGGAUGAACGAACAAAGAGAAAUGCUGAAAUACCACCAUCACCAACCCCAUCGACCAAAUCACCUCGACAACGCUUGAAAAAGAAGCUCACGGUGACUAUCAAUGGGGCAAACUUUGAAGUAGACAGAAAACGACGACCACUAAGUCCUUUCAAUAGUGGUGGAAUGCUUAGGAAUGCGUGCGUGCCGCAGACGGCUCCAGCCACUGUCACAGAAUUUGGGCCGACAGUCGAAGAAGAAGUCAGACCCAAGCUGCAAAAGAGCCGGCCAGAAACGGAGACAAAAAUGCAGAUUCGUAUCCUGCAUCGUUUGCAUACAUCUGGCAACGACACUUGGACGUCUUACGGAGUUGCAGCCUUGUCUCCAAGCAUCGAUUCAGGAAACUUUGCCGAACCGUUCACGAAUGUUGACUGCGACACGACACUCGCAGUGACACUCAUCCCGACUUGCUUCACAACGUACACCUUCUACCUUCGUAAACUCAUGUCGUCUUAUCGCCGGCGCAGUGGGCACAACGGCCCUCAGCAGCCGUACAGACCAUAUCAUGCCUCACAACAAGAUGAUUUCUACGAUGACCGGUCGAGGUCACGAUCUCGUGAACGCAGACACAGCUCCCCUCAGAAACGAAGUCCUCCACACGCCGACCACCAACCGGACCGUCUCAGGGAGAAUUCCAUUUUCGUGGUCGGGCCCGGAGUCCAGAUCGAAGACGUGACCGCAGCUAUGACAGGCGCAACCGGUAUUAUGAUGAUGAACGCAGCUCGCCCUCUCCUCGCCGAGGCAGAUCAGCGUAUUAUGAUCGAGACGACCCUCGCUCCAACUCACGAGACUACCGCAGUCGAAGUCGAAGCAGAUAUCGGACCCCCUCAGACGAGAGACCACCGAGUCGAGGCGCUCCGAGCAGGGAAAUUAUGA